GCGGCCACGUGAGGAGCGGCGGGGACAUGGUCCGGGGACCGGGACCGGGACCGGGACCGGGACCCGCACGGGGACCGCGGCAGAGACCGGGACCGGGACACAAACAGGGACAGAGACCGGGAUCGGGGCAGAAACAGGGCCGGGGACCAGGACCAGGACAGGGACAGAAACCGGGACCGGGACAGAGACCAGGACAGAAACCAGGACCGGGACAGAAAGCGGGACCGAGAUCGGAACAUGGACAGGCCGUUCCGCGGCGCAGCAGGAAGGAGAGGAAGGUGGACAACAUGAAGCCCAAGCACCCCGAGGAGCAGGAGAUCCCGUUCCGCCUGCGGGAGAUCAUGCAGAGCCGCGAGGCCAUGAAACGCCUGGGCCAGGGGAAGAGGAAGGCAGCAGAGAAGAAGCAGCAGCAGCAGAAGCCCAAAUCCAAGGGGGACAUCCCGGUGCCCAGGUUCCGGAGGGGGAAGGGGGAGUCGGAGCGUUCCUACAUCUGCCGCAUGGAGCAGGAGGUGCAGCACGUCCUGUUCCUCACCGAGAACCAGCUCCAGCGGGAGCCUGAGCGGGAGGACACAGCCCCAGAGAAGUCCCAGAGGAAAAAAGAGUUUCAGAAAAAGAAGCUGGAAAAAGCUCGGAAGAAGAAGGAGGAGAAGAAGGCGGACAUGCUGGAGAAGAGCCUGUUCCAAGACACGGUGGCGUUUGGGGAGGUGGUGACACAGCCACCCACCAUCACCUCACGGCCCCGGGGACGGGGUCCUGCCGAACAGGCUGGACGGAAGCGGCUCCUCCUGACACCUCAGCUGGGCCGGAGCCAGGCGUCCCCCGUGUCCCCCGUGUCCCCAGUGAUGUCUAUGGCUCGCCGGCGCAUCGUGGAGGAGGAGCGGGCGCGGGUCAUCCAGGCCUACAGGGACAUCCAGAGGCGGAAACAGCUCCAGCGGGAACGUUCCCAGGCUGGGCACAGGGCCCUGCACUGAGCCCACCCUGGUCCCUCUGCAGAGACCGUGGGACUUGAAGGGGACAUUGUUGUGAUGCUCUCCUGUUGCUGCUGAGCUCUGGGACUCCCACAGACUCCCCGGAGUGGGGUCCCUGUGGUGCCACGGACCUGCUUGGAGUAAAAGUGCCAGUGGGAGCUGA